AUGGAGACUUUUAGUGAUGUUUUUGGUAAUUCUUGGUGGGGGUUUAAUAACACAGAUAAGGCAAUCAGGAACUCUGAGGGGAGAGCUGGGGGAAUUGUGUGUUUAUGGAAUAGGGAGGUGUUCGAAGCAUCUAGUUCUUGGGAUUUACCGGGGGCCGUGGUUGUUAACGGUAGGUACAAGAAGGACGGUCUAUUGUGUUGCAUUAUCAAUGUUUAUGCGCCAACUGAAUCAAAGGAAAAGAGGAUUCUCUGGGAUGCAAUUGGUUCUAUUGUUGAACAGAAUGCGGAUCGAAGUGUGUGUAUUUUGGGAGAUUUUAACGCAGUCAGGAGAAGAGAAGAGAGGGUGGGCAGCGGGGAGACGUUUCGAGCGUCGGAUGCGAGGUUUUUCGAGGAUUUUAUUAGGGGGAACGAUCUGAAGGAAAUUCAUACACAAGGUCGAAAGUACACUUGGUACAAGCCCAAUGGCAAAUGCAAGAGCAAGAUCGAUCGUUUCCUUGUUAACGAAACUUGGAUGCUUACUUGGGAAGGAAGUUCUGCACGCGGUCUUCAGCGUUCGAUCUCGGAUCACUGCCCAAUUGUUCUCACUACUAGAACAGAGGAUUGGGGACCAAGACCUUUUAGGUUCCUAAAUGCUUGGACGAAUCACCCGGAGUUUGAAGAUGUUGUAAAGAAAGUGUGGACGGGGACUGACUGUCAGGGAUGGAGCUUUUUCGUGGUUAAGGAGAAAUUGAAGAAACUUCGCGAGGCUUUAAAAGUUUGGAAUCGUACAUCCUUUGGUGAGAUUGAUUCUAAAAUUCACGAAUUAAAGAAGGAGUUACAACAGAAAGAUGAGCUUGACGAGCAGAGUUGUUUAGGCGAAGUGGAUGUUAUCAGGAGAAAUGAGCUCCAAGCUCUCAUUUCCCUUCAGAUGAAGCAUAAGCAGAUGACUUUACAACAGAAGGCUAAACUGAAAUGGCUUAAGGAGGGAGAUGUGAAUUCUGGCUUCUUCCAUAAGGCGAUUAAAGGGAGGCGGUUGAAGAAUGACAUAGGCGGACUGAUCUUUGAUAACUCAUGGAUCUCCAAACCGGAAGAGGUAAAAGCUAGGGUGAGAAAUCAUUUUGAAACCUUUUUCAAGCGGAAAGAUAGACAGAUGCCUGUUAUUCCCAUUGACUUUGUGAGAAGGAAAAUCUCUGAUGAGGAGAGAAAUUGGCUUAUUAGAGGUUUCGAACCCGAAGAAGUUAAAGAAGCGGUCUGGAGCUGCUCUGGCGAUAAGAGUCCAGGACCUGAUGGCUUUAACUUUUCAUUCUGGAGAUCGGCUUGGCAUGUGGUUAAGGAGGAUAUCCUCCAGGUCUUGAAGGACUUCCACGCGAACGGUAAAAUUCCUAAAGGAGGGCGGUUCAUUCUCGAUGGGGCGGUCAUUUUGAAUGAAGUUGUUGUUGAGUCAAAAAAGAAGCGACGAAGCCGGAUAUUCUUUAAGAUUGACUUUGCCAAAGCUUUCGACUCAGUUCAAUGGGAUUUUUUGGAUACUUUGCUGGAUAGAAUGAACUUCGAUGGGAUUUGGAGGAAAUGGAUUCAAGGGUGUCUACAGUCAGCCACGGCAAGUGUCCUUGUUAACGGGUCAUCAACGGGAGAUUUCAAAAUGGAGAGAGGCUUGAGACAGGGUGACCCGAUGUCUCCCUUCUUAUUCCUCAUUGUUGCAGAAGGAUUGAAUGCGCUUGUUGAGAGAGCAGUGGAACGACAGUUAUUGUUUCCUGUUAAGAUUGGUAAGGAUGAAGUGCCGAUUACACACCUCCAGUACGCGGAUGACACCAUCUUUAUUUUAGAGGCUGAUGAGCGUAAUGUGGAAUCACUGAUAAGUCUGUUGCUUCUCUUUCAUUUUGUCUCGGGUCUUGCUGUCAACUUCGCGAAGAGCAGCCUGAUGACGGUAGGAGUGAAUGUGUUAGUCGAGAGGACAUGGGCUUCGUUUCUCCAUUGCAAGAUUGGUUACUUCCCGUGUCUUUACUUGGGAACCAAAAUUGGAGGCCGAAGCAAUGGUGUUAGCGAGUGGAAGUUCUUGGUGGAUAAAGUCUCAAACAAAAUUGCAAGCUGGAGAAAAAGACCUCUCUCGUUGGCAGGGAGGAUCACUCUUGUCAAAGCGGUGCUUCAAUCUAUUCCGGUAUAUCAACUGGCCUACGCUUUCAUUCCCAAGACGGUGCUCAAGAACCUCAAUUCCUUGUUCUCCAGAUUUCUGUGGGGUGGAGACUCUCAGUCGAGAAGAAUCACCUGGUUUAAAUGGAGCUCCUUGUGUUCCAAUAAGAAAACAGGAGGUCUUGGAUUUUUGGUGGAUGGGGGAGCUUUGUGGGCGAGAGUGAUCAAAUCGAUUUAUGGGGAACUUGUCUGGGGCGAAGAGGGGGAUUGUUCGAUGGUGGGAAGAAGUGGGCAGUUGGGGUGGUGGGCGAAAAUUGUGGAGAAAGGGGGAGGAAGAGACGAUAGAUGGUUCAUUGAUCACCUUCAACACAGUCUCGGGGAUGGGAUGAAUACAAUGUUCUGGGAGGACGUGUGGGCUGUUAACAAACCUCUCAAGUUCUCUUUCCCGAGAUUGUAUAACUUGUGCUCGAAUAAGAAAGCCCUUGUCGGAGAGAGUGGGUUUUGGGAAGGAGAAGAGUGGGUGUGGUCGGUGAAUUGGAGGAGGGAUUUGAGGGAAAGAGAGAAUGGACAGGUGGAGGAACUUUUGAGACUUGUUGCUGCUUUUGUCCCUUCUACAGACGACUAA